CUGCCCGAAACCCCAGUUUCACCCACACGUAUGAAACUCUCGCACUUGAAAACUGAUCCAAAACCCUUUAACUCCAAGAUCUUGACGAGCACUUAAAAUACCAUGGGGAUUACUUCUAUAACUCUAUCUCUCUCAAGGCCUCCACCACCUUCACUUCCUUUUUCUUCUUCUCAGUCCAAUUUUAUCACCAGCAAUAACACCCUUGCUUUGUUGAACAGAAACAAAUCUCAAAACAAAUCUGUUUUUGUUGUUGGUCAACCAAGAAGGAGAACAAGAGCUGAACCUACUAAAAAGCGUUUUACUUGCAAUGCUUUGUUUGGUCUUGGUGUGCCUGAACUUGUUGUUAUUGCUGGAGUAGCUGCUCUUGUAUUUGGACCAAAGAAAUUGCCCGAAGUUGGGAGAAGUAUUGGGAAAACUGUCAAGAGUUUUCAACAGGCUGCGAAGGAGUUCGAGUCUGAGCUCAAAAAGGAUCCCGAGGCUCUAACGGAACAAUCUAAGGAGACUCCUACAGCAGUUAGUGAAGAGAAGAAACCAGAUGUUGAGGUGUCCAGCUCUAAGGAGAGUGUAUAAGGUUUUUAAAACCAUCUUCUAGUGGGUAUAAUUUCUCAAUUCAUAUCUGUGGUAUCUAUGAGCUUAAAACAAAUAAUUUUGAACAUAGAACAGUGACGUUAGUGAUUGUUUAUCAAAUGGAAAGACAAUCGUCUGAUACAUUGUUGCCGCUGCAUCUUAAAGAAAUUAAGAUUUUCAAGCACUCCCACCUAUAGACAGUAACGGGUUGGGUAAGGACGAGUUUUUUUCAUCUUGAACCCAAUCUGACUC